AUGAGAGGUUAUUCUGAACGCCAAAGCCGGAUCCGGGAUCUUUUCUUGAUUAUUGUAUGGUUAGAGCACGAGGAACUGGAAGACAUGGUUGAUAGUUGGUUCCGCCACAUUCGAAUUCCGACUGAAGCCGAACUCAUUUUCCCCAGGAGCAAGAUUCCACAACGGAUGUAUAAUCUACUCCUCAGUGAUCGGGCAAUUUUCGAUGAAGGGCUUCGACUAGUUUUAUCGAACCAAUAUCUUGUUCCCCGACCAUCACCCAAACUGCGAGACGAAUAUGACCUCGAACGACUGUUCAACAUGCCCGACAUUGAAUUCCGACAGGCUUCAAGGACCUCAAAGGCCGGAUUUGUAGGAUUACUCAACAUAAUUUGCACUAAUCCGGUUUUCCAUUGGGGCGGGAUCCGUCCGCAACUUCCAAUAGCUCAUCAACUUGCACUCACGCUCGAGCGGUUGGGAUCAAAUGGUAACGGAGCAUCAGUUGGGCGGUUCUCUAGAAACUUGAGCGUGGGUCGCGGGAGGGUCGUCAAAGUAUCUCGUCGGGUUAUUGAGGCUUUGAUCUCACUAGGACGGCGCUAUGUGGUUUGGCCUGAUGCGGCUCGACGUGCUGAGAUAUCCGAGGUAAUGUCUAGGGAGGGUUUUAGGGGAUGUGUGGGGUUUGUAGAUGGAACUACAAUCCCAAUGUUUCAGCGACCCGGUUAUGAUGGAGAGGUGUUCUUCGACCGGAAACGACGUUACUCAAUCAACGCCCAGAUUAUCUGCGACUGCGACAAAUAUAUCACAUCUUUCAUCACUGGAUGGCCGGGCUCAUGUGGGGAUAGCCGAGUUUACAAGAGGAUGCAGCUCCAUCUGAACCCAUCAAAUUACUUUGACGAAGGCCAAUACUUGUUGGCUGACUCAGCGUAUGAGCUGAGCCAUACGGUGAUACCUGCUUACAAGGUACCUGCGGCAAACAUCACAAUCAACUCGCAAUUCAACUUUUGCUUGGCAAAGGCUAGGGUUCGAAACGAACAUACGAUUGGUGUCCUCAAGUCUCGAUGGAGCUCCUUGCGGGAGAUGCGGUUACAUCUGUAUCAUUGUCAACAUAUGCGGUUACAUCUGUAUCAUUGUCAACAUAUGCGUGCAUAUGUUUCUUGGCUGUACAGUUGUAUAAUACUUCACAAUCUCCUCGCAGGUCUCGGUGAUCAGUGGGCUGAGCUCGAUGACAACGAUUUGUUACCGCUUGAUGAUGAUUCAGAUGAAGAAGAUAUUGACGAGAGUGCAGAAGAUUUUUGA